AUCCUUGUGUAGAGACUCCUUGGUGGGAGGUCAGGUGAACGCGGCCGUCAAGACUCCUUGGUGGGAGGUCAGGUGAACGCGGCCGUCAAGACUCCUUGGUGGGAGGUCAGGUGAACGCGGCCGUCAAGACUCCUUGGUGGGAGGUCAGGUGAACGCGGCCGUCAACAUAAACAAACACACGUUGUCUGUCAGCUGAGGAGGACGUCAUCCCACUGGAGGACGUCAUCCCACUGGCUGUAUAUAGACAAGAGAGAGAGAGGCUGUAAUGUUGUGUUAACCGCAUGUAUUCCUAUAUAGUGAAGCACAAUGGCUGCUGAACUGUUGCGUUUGGGAUUACUAGACGACCAACAGUACCAUAUGUUAUUGAAGAAACUGAUAAAUGAUACUGAAUUUUCUGUUAUUACUUGUGAGAUACUUAUAAAGGCUGUAGAAGCUAAAGAAGGAGCUAAUAAAUCUUCCGUUGAUGUCUCACAAGAUGUAGAAUUGUAUAAUUUGUAUCAGGAGUUAUUAGAGCAUUGUCUCUUACCUCGGCUACAUAAGAUAAUUGGGAAUUAUUCUUAUGCUGUGCAGAAUAAUCAUUAUCUGCUUCCUCAUGUUCGUGAUGCAGAAAAAAACAAAUCAAGUUUAUUAUCAUUGGAUGACUUGCUCUCCCAAGAUCAUAAUUUGAAUGACCAGGAACUUGAAGAGUCAUCAGAUAAGCUGUUGAGGGAUGAUGAACUUAUACUGGUGCCGAAACUAUCACGAAUAAUUGUUGUAAUAAUGAAGAUGGUCUCAGGCUUAUCAAAAUCACAAAUACAUACUGGAAAUAGUGAUGUAAUUGAUGGCGAUUCCUUAGAUAAAAAGAGUAUCACUUCGCUAAAGACAAUAUUCGAGGGUAUAAGUCAAAACCUUCCCGUGCGUCACCUUGAUGCAGUCGUAGACGAAGAGCAUCAUAAAGUGAAGGUGUUGUCACUAAUAUUUGCCAAUCUGUUGAAGGAUGGCUGGUGUUUACGGCACUGCAGUCUCCGUCGGGCUAGCCGGAUAGUUUUGGACGUGUCGCUGGCGGUGAUUAAAGCGUCUCCCGAUGCUGACAUAACUGCACUCCUUCUUAUGUUGAUUAUCCAGCCAUUCUUAGACUUUAAGAAUGAUGACAAGAAUGAAGUUAUUCACAAGUUAUGGCACAUUGUUAAGAACUUUUAUAUUGUUGAUGGUAACUUCAUAACAGUGGAGAAGAAUACAACAGGGUUCUUGAUACUCUGCUUUAUGGCAACUCAUAUGUUUGAAGAUGGAUGUUUCUCUCUAAUUGGAGGUGAUGAUAUAUUGUGGAAGAUUAUUCAGUUUGGCCUUGUUCACACCAACCCACUGUCAAGAAAGAGAUGUCAAUAUGUUCUCAAAAGAUCCGUGGAUUAUUUUUCGUCGGAGUCAAUAACGAAACUUAAAUCAGAGUAUAUAAGUUGGCCUCGGGAUAAAAAUGACGAGGUAAUAAGGUUUUGGAAUGAUUUCUUUCUCCUCGUUGAAAGUCUGGAGGAGAAGCAAGCCCAUGUUGUAAGACCUGUCCUGGAAAAGUUGGAUCAUUUAAUUAAUAUGUGUUGCAGUACUGAACACAUAUUUCAUAUUUCCUGGACUCUUGUAAUAUUCAAGAGGAUUUUUGACCAAGAUAAUAAGAAUAUAAAGCAAUGGGGAUUAAUGAAGAUACUGAGGUUAAAGUUAUCACAGGAAGUACUGGUUAAGGGUGUUCUCUUCUUUGUAAGGUUACAUGUACUGCCUGCACUAAGUGACUACUGCCUUUACUCUCGUGAUGCAGGUCAGCGCCCACGAACUCCCUCUACUGUUGGGGACCAGCUUGUAUUAUUUUUAGAGAAUAUCAUUGUGUCCUUGGAUGUAACCCAACAGAAAUACUUUAUGUGCUCUCUCUUAGAAACUCUUUUUGAUGGAAGAGCUUGGGGUGGAAUACCUUUGUUUUAUCUCAUUCGAGGACUGUCACUCAUGCCAAAAACUGCUGUUUGGAGUUUUAAAGUUGUUAAGAGUGCUGUCUCUAAUUUUGAGGGCUGUCUUAGUACCCAGGAAGUAGUUUUACGGUCAGCAAGUCAGUGUGAUCUUUUAAAGGCAGUAUUUAAGCACCUGGUACCUGAAGUAACUUUUCUUGAAAUUUGUGAUAUUGUAGGUCAUUUUAGAAGGAAGGAAAGUUGGUGUCGAGGUACAGUCCUGUGGAACACCAUUAUUAAGGAGCUUGACACCUUCCAGGAAACUUGGCAAAAUAGAUUUUUAUUAAUUGAAUUAGCCAUUAACAAAAGCCUCUCUUCCUCAGAAACUAUUCAUCCUCAUGAUAUUGCACUGGGAGUAAAUCUGCUUCUUGAUAGCAAUUCACUUCCUGAUGAUGUACCAGAAAGAUCUUGUGUCAUUGCCUUAUUAAAUCCAUUAAGUAAUUUCUUAAGGGACUGUCACAUACGACCAUACCUGGACCACAAGAAGCUCACGUGGGUUAUGGAGAUGUUAACUCAGACACUAGAAAUAUUUACUGAUGUUCCUUCAGACUGUCCACAGAGGCCUGAUAAGUCUGGUAAACAUGUGUCAUGCUUGGUUGAAGGUAUUGACUGUAUAGCACAAUUAUUUAUCAGAGAGAUCAGGAGGUACAACCAGCCUUAUGAUAUUGAAAUAAUAUCUCACUACCUAAGUUUAUUUACUCAGUGUAGAAACUUAGAAAACCUGAAAGAUGUAUUAAAUGUGCACUACCCAGAGCUACUUCAGGUAUGCCAUGUUCUUCUAGGUCAAGAUAACGCUGUCAAGAACGCCUUUGGUGUUCUUCUACUGGAACAUUUAUUAGCACAGUAUUAUGGUAAUACAUCAUCUGUCAUUAAAGAAGACAUGAUGAAUCUUGUGUAUGAGAAGGUCAUCUGUAACAUAGAGAAAGUAACUCCCAGGAGACAAAUUGACGGGUAUAAUUCCACCGAGUUUACGUCAAAGCUGCUGCUGGAAACCACUCGUAGUCGGUGGUGUUGUGUGUGGCUUCUGGUGCAACAGAGUGUAUCACUGAAGGAAGAAGAAUAUGUGAGGUGGAGAAAAAUAAAAACUGCUACAAUAUCUGCUUUACCAUCUGCUGCUAAUGCUGCUGGAACAAUGAACGUGUUGCUCGUGUUUCAAUUAGCUGUCAGUUUAUCACCUUCCAUAAUAGAGAACGGAAUGUGGGAGGAGCUAACAAAGGUCAUGUGGGACUCAUCUCGGGAGUUUCGGAAGGGUUGUGACCUUUACCGAUCGCUCAUUGGCUGUGUCACUGAUCUUCUCUUUUAUGAGGAUGCCAUAACCAAGCCAGAGUGCCACGGAUUCAUUAUUCAGAUGUCCCAGUGGAUGAGGGUUACUGGGAUAGUUGUUCAAGGGAUUGCUUCUCACAUGUCCAGGAGUUUGGUCACCAGUUUAGUAAAAAUCCAGAAGAAAGCCCUUGUGGACCCCACACCUUAUAGAGAUAUAAUACAAGACAUUCUUGUACCUUUACUGAUGUUUGGCAGUGUUUUUCGGAAGCAGUAUAAAGUUAUACAUGACACAACAGAGUUCAUCCAAGACUGUGGACGGUUAUACAGCACUAAUUCACUCAUAGAAAGUGAUCAUGAUGCUGACUCAAGAGCUCGUGCAAUUGCCUUAAGAUAUCUGCUGACAUUAGAUAAAGAAAAGCCCAAGGACAGAAACUGGGCUCUGGUGGUUGCAGAAGGAAUAAAAACCCAGUAUACUUGUUGUACAGGAGAACGCAGGGAUUUCGCCAAUUCACAGAAGCACAGAUACAAAACAAGACUCCUGCAAGCCUUUCUUUUGAUACUUCCACUAUUAGACAAGAGUGAAUGUUCCAAAGACCUGGCGUGGUUAUGCAAAGGUCUGAUCAAGGACCACCAACAGCCGAGUGUUCGCUACUUGCAGGAGUGGGGCGUGUCUCUCAUCACCAUACUCCACCCACAACUCUUUCCUGACCUCCUUUCUCACUUCCUCCAGGGCACCAAGGAAAGAGUCGGAUGUGUUGGGUCGUUCCUGGCGGCCCUGACCCACGUGGCCUGUACCUCAGAGGAUGAUGAGGUGCUGUGCCAGUCUCUGCAGUACACUCUACCGUGGUGCAUGGCUCAACACUUCAACACCCGACUGUACGCUCAGGUAUCACUGAGGAAAAUGUGGCAUCACUGUGAAGCUAAACAGGUGACGGCAGUUUUGAGGAGAUACGAACCAGUGCAACAGUGCCUACAGUUUGUGGUAGAACACGGCAACUCUGCGAGAAAUACUCUCAACAUGCUCAAUGAUUUCUACUUCAAGGUGUUUCAUCCCAUUCAACAUUACACUCUGGAGACAAUUCUUCAUGACUUGCCGUGUCUAUCUUUGCUGGCGGAUGAUGAAUGGUUGACGAUAGAUUUCUUCUUAGGAGUCAUGGACACACAGGACCUUCCAUUGUGUGGUGACCUGCCCCUUCACAACGCUGACCAAGUCCUGGCUGAGUCACUACCUGCGCCUUGGGUGAUCAAAGCUGCAGGAGACACUUCUCCAGUAGAAGACAAAGAUGGCCCUAGUGAAUCCACAAACAAUGUGCAAAGGAAAAUCACUCCCUGGAAGUCGAUGGUCCCAGAGAUUACUGCAUCACUGGAUUUACCUGAACAGCCUGAAACACACCCGAGUCGAGGAGCUUUGAUCGUAGUGGCUUCUCUCAUUGAUAAACCACCAAACCUCGGAGGGUUGUGUCGAACUUGUGAAGUGUUCAGCGUCAAGGAGUACAUUGUGCCGUCCCUUAGUAUCUUGGAGGACCCAACGUUUAACUCCCUGUCUCAAACGGCCCAACAGUGGGUGCCCAUGAAGGAGGUAAAGCCUGAUUGUCUUGCGCAUUACCUGAGAACUCUGCAAAAUGAAGGUUACACAUUAGUGGCUGCUGAGCAAACCGCGAAUAGCAUUAAACUGUCCGAGUACAGCUUCCCAGAGAGGACAGUUGUGAUUCUAGGGAAUGAAAGAGAAGGGAUCCCAUGUGAACUGCUUCAGCUGCUUGAUGUGUGUGUGGAAAUCCCUCAGACUGGCAUCAUUCGGUCUCUCAACGUACAUGUGUCCGGCGCUCUCUUCAUCUGGGAAUAUACUCGGCAGCAUCUCAAGAAGCUCGCCUAGUUCUUCCUCCUUUAUCACAAUUUAUUGAUAAUUGAAUUAUAUAAAUUAUAUAAAUUUACAUUCACUUUUUUAAGACUGGACAUUUAUUCCCUUCUUAUUCAAUGAUUGACACAGGUAUUUGCCUCUUUAACCCUUCACUACGGGGACGCCACUUUUAAUAUUUUAUUCGGCUCACAGGCGACCUCGUACACAAGGGUUAAAAUGAACUACAAAUAUGAAUGCUGUUACUUAUCAAAAUUUAAAUUUUUAUAGUUUUGAGUACCAUGGUUAUUGUACAGUAGUUGGAAAAAUAUAAUAAUAAUAAUAAUUAAUGGUUUGUUGAAAGAGCAUGGCAGCCGGAAGACUGAAAAUAUACAGUUACAUACUCUCUGGAGUCUGUUUUCUUCCAUAGUUAUACUAAUAUUUAACAUUAUAUACUGUACUGUACAAUGUAAUGAUUCAAGUUUUCUGCAGGCAGGUCUCUUAUAUAAUUUAAGGUGUGGUCAGUUUACACCCCAUCAGUACUUACUACUUAUACAGGAUGACAAACUUUCCACAAUUAAAUAUACUGUAAUCUUUUACCUUCAGGGAAGGUUAUUGCUACGGCCACUGUGUGUACAAGUAUCUUUUAGUAUUAUAUAAAGUGGUAAGUUUGGCUUAUACAGAUGUAUGUAGAAGAGACUCAGUGUUAUGCUGUGAUAUUUGUAGCGAUGAUGACACAAAAUAUUUGUAUUUCGUUACUUUGAUAACAUUCAUUACAGACUGUAUCUUGCAUCCUAAAUCACAUAUUGUACAUACAUAAGAUGCUCUUCCAGUUAUGAACAUUCAACUUAGGUCAGAGAUAUGAUUAUGAACAAACCUGUACUGUACUGUACUGCCUACAGAAUUAUUAGAAGCUAUUUAUAUAUUAUAAUACUAUUAAAGACUGGUAAGAUAUACUCAAGAGUAAUGUGCUGUGUUUAUUAUUGGAGUAUAGCUUUACUGUACAUCCUUUAUUUUUUUAUUUUUUUACAGUAUGUUCAGUAUCUACAAGACUAAAGUUCGACUUAUGAACAAGACUCAGGAAAGUAACUCAUUAGCAAGUUGAGGAGGACCUGUAUUAGGGAAAGUACACUGUACAGUAUAGGUGAAAAGUAUACUGUACUUGAACUAACUUUAUUUUCCCAUUAACAGUAAAGUACACAUAAUUGUUAACAAAAUUAAUCACUGUACAAGGUAGUACAUCACACUACUAUACAGUAAUUACAGAAACUUGACCUCUUCGUCUGGCCUCUUAUACAGUACAAUGUUAUUCUUACAACCAGGUCGUAAGUCGAAAAGGCGAAAAUAAUACAUAGAAAUUCUAAAAUUGGUGUCUCUUUUUCUUCUCAGCACCACGAGAACUCUCACUUUUACGCUUGCCAUCCAUUUUAAAGGGAAUUACAAACGAAAUUUUUCUCAGUACAUGGCGCGAUCACUAACGUCGGGACUCGAAAAUACAUAAUGUGAAAAUUAUUUUUACGACCAUGUGCGUCGUAUGUCCGGGUUGUUGUAAGUCGAGGAGAGACUGUAUGUGUUUCUACAGUUAGAGAAUAUUUGUUUGGGAUGGACGGGUGAGGAGUAAUGCGACUCCACAAAAUUCUUUACAUUGUAGUCACGACCCAAAGCUAAAUCAGUAGGCAGGCUCACAACCCACAGUGAAUACAGUACAAUAAUUUUUAAAAAAUCUCAUUUUUGGAACAGUUAUUUUGCACUCUAUGUGAUUUUGAUUUAUGCAAUGUUUUAAAUACCAUGCACAGACACUCCAUUUAUACCUGUUUUUAGUUUAUGCGAGCCAGAUUUUGAAGAAACACGAUCCAAAAUACAACAAACUCAAUCAUAGGCAGGCAGCUUUGAUGACGAUAACGGUCUCAUGACCCAACUGAACAGCUCAGCGACUCAAGUUUAGGUCACGACUUUUACUUUAAGAUCCACUGCUGCAGAAGGUUUGGUCAGAACUUUGCAUAAUAUUGUAACUACCAGGUUUUUCUUUUUGUUAUAUAUUUUUUUACUUCUUUAUAAUUUUAGACUAAUUUAAAUGAAUCAAUAAAACGAAAGUAAAGAUGAACUGAACAUUAAAAACUCUGCCAUUACUGAGAAAAGUCUAGCCAUUUUUAGCCUGAUAUAAAUACAGUACUGUGUGUUCAUUAGUUUUAAAUGACAUUACUGUACUUCAAUUAAUAAGAUUUAGUUUUACUUCCUAAUCAAGUGGUAUAAGGCUGAUGCUACAGUUAUUGUGCGAAUGAUAAUACUUCCAGCACUUAUUUCGACAGUAAAUUCAAAGUUCAGUUAAUAAUAAAGUGACUCCCAAACCAUAGAACUUUAUAUCUCUUCCUCACUAUACACUUGUCUACUACUCUCUGUGAUUCUGUUCCCUUGCACUGUGGUGUCAUAAGUAACUUGGUGUUGCCGUGCCAGAUGAUAAUUACUGCUGGUCACUCGGUUACUUUACAUCCUCCCCUUCAUUAACUGUACUGUAGUCUCACUUCUCCAUAGACCUGUCACCUUUUCCCCAUAGUACAGGUGAACCCCGAUAGCCGACGUCCUGUUGACUGUCGAUUCGCAUAACCGAAGAUUACAUAUAUGGGAAAUACUCCGUUAAUUUAAUUGAUACCCCGGAAAUCCAACGAUCGGCAGAGUUGGCGUGAUGAAAAUUCUUUACACCAGAGGGCUGUGUGUACUGCCUCUCUCUCAUUCCUGACAUCUAUAUUCUUGUUUACACUUACUAUGUGUCUCUGACUUUGUGUUUUUUCGUUAUUUUUUACUUAAUGUGUCACUCAAUCAUGCCUGAACACCCCAGCAAUAGUUCUUCUUCUGGGCAACUUGAUGUGAUGUGAUAAGGCAUAAUAAGAGUGGUGAUGGACCAGCAAAGAGUGGUAGAGCCGUGAACUUGCCACCCUAGACUGUCUCAACCCAUCCUCGACACAGGUUAAUAACAAUCUCAAAUUAUACUGUACUUUACAUUGCUUAUUUAAGGCUAAUUGUGCUUGUUUUAUGUCUGCUUUAUUUUCUUGCUUGACAGUGUGCAGUACAGUAUAUCAAGGGUAGAUGGGAAUUUCUGAGGGGUGGCUGGACCCUAACCCCCUGAAUUUGUUAUGUUCUUAUGGGAUUAAUUGUUUCAAUAACCGUUGAUUCACUAACCAACUGUUUGUCCCGGUCCCUCUAUGCGUCAGUUAUCGGGGUAUACCUGUAUUGUACACCUGUUCUCACUAUACAAUACACCUGACCCUUAUUAUACAUUUGUCUCCACCUUUGUUAUGUAUCCAUCUCCUCUUUACUAAGGACGCACUGGAACAACCGGCCACAACCACAACUUUCUUAAUUAGUUAGUGAUUCAUGACUUAAAUAUAAAGGAACAUAAUUUAUUGUUAUGUAUUUAAUAUUUCUAAUAGUGUUUAUAUAAUGUUACAUAAAAAAUGCAUCGAAUCGUUACAAUUUAAAGUAUAUUGAAGAAUGUAUAGCAGGAAAAUUAUUAUUAUAUUAAAUUGUAUUUUUUGUACAUGAUACUAGUGUAAUUAAUAAGUUGAUUAGUGGCGUAGACAACCAUAUAAAAAUGUUAACGUACAGUUGUGGACAAAAAGAACUCGGCAGGGAGGGAGUGUAAGCUAUGUCUGCCUUGUAAUUAAACCCCCCCCAAGAUUUUUAUUUGUGCUGUGGAAAGAGAAUUAUAGACCUUAACUGCCACCUUGAUGUGACGUUGCUAAAUCUCCACCUUCCUUGCACCAGCUCCUCCUUCCCUGAGAAAUUCUUUUUGUCUACAACUGUACUUGUAUGAUACUGAAAAUGGGAACAGGGAGAAAACACUGAAGCUGAGAGUGAGAUAUCUUCAAGAACUUUUAUGGGAACAACUAAAUACUUUGAUAUAUUGCACUAACACUAAUACUGUAUGCCAAUAAAGAGAAAAUUAUA